ACCAUAGCUCGCUCAGCCAGUGAUCUGACUAAACAUACAAUAUGGCCAUCUUUGUGUGGGUUAUAGUGACUCUCCUACUAGGACAAACUUUAGCACAUUUAGACGAAGCGCUCGCAAGAUUGGACCUAUCUAGAACUGUUGUUAUCCAAGACCCAACAGCUGCAGUGAAUAACACUAUAACAGAAUGCAGAACACGUCCGGCCGACAUCGUGUUCCUCUUGGACUCCUCAAGCAGUGAAGGUCAAGACGGCUUCACGGCGCAGGUCAACUUUGUAUACAACGUCACAAAAGCUUUCAACAUCGGGCCCGAGGACGUUCAGGUGAGUGUGGUGGUGUUUGCAUCGAGUCCCUUCAAUCAGUUCUUCCUGAACGAAUUCACCAAAAAGGCGGAUGUGCUUGCCGCCAUCAGGAGUGUCAACUAUCAGCCCGGGAACACACAGACGGAUGACGGUCUCGCCUUCGUCCUGCACAACAGCUUCCUUCCAAUACAUGGGGGGCGGAAUGCCUCUGAAAAGAUCCUCAUCGUCCUCACCGAUGGCAAGUCAACCGACACGACCAGUACAGCCUCCGUAGCAAAUCAGAUCCAUAAUACCGACAUCAAAGUUAUUUCCAUUGGGAUCGGUAGCGGCAUCGACAGGGCGGAACUGGCCACAAUCGCCUCGGACGCUAAACGCAUGUACCUUGUGGCCAACUUCAGCGUCCUGUCUGACAUUGUAGACGAAGUUGCUAAGAAGACGUGUACUAGCACUGAAUUAGUCUGCAGGUCGACCCCUGCCGACAUACUAUUCCUGUUGGACACGUCCAGCAGCGAGGGCACACCCAGCUUCAACAUUCAGCUGGAGUUUGUCAAGAACUUCACCAAGGACUUCGAAAUCGGCGCGGAUAAAGUCCAGAUUGCUGUCGCCACAUUCUCAGACACCACCCAGUCGGAAUUCUGGUACAACGACCACGACAAUAGCUCCAGCCUCAUCGCUGCCAUCGGCCGCAUCAUGUACCGCUCUGGAAACACGCAUACAGAGGACGCACUUAGAUUUGCACGAACUGAGGGCUUCACCGCUAAGCACGGCGCCAGGAACGACUCCAACCACAUCAUCAUCAUCUUAUCCGACGGCCAGUCCAUAGACAAGAGUCAGACCAAGAAUGAGGCGGACGGCAUCCACAGCGCCGGCAUUCAAGUCAUCGCCAUCGGCAUUGGCGUCAGCAUCGACCAACAGGAGUUGAGGGACAUCGCUUCCGGUUCCGGCGAUCAGAACGCCUUCUCCGUGGCCAACUUUCAGGCUCUGCGCACCAUCGAACUGCCGAUCCAGAAACAAACAUGUGAAGUUCAGGAAGUGUGUAGUACCCGGCCGUCAGAUAUCGUUUUUCUACUGGACACGUCCAAUGGGGGUGAAGACAAUUUCAAGAAAGGUCUUGAGUUUGUCCGCAAUUUUGCUAGCAAACUCAUCAUCGGCCCCGACAACGUCCAGAUCAGCAUCGUCAGCUUCUCAACGUCAUGGCAGAUGGAGUUCUCUCUCAACAAGUUCAGCAAGAAACAGGGUCUCCUGAAUGCUGUCAUGAAAAUCCCCUACCGACCGGGCAACACACCAACAGCUGAUGGCCUCCACUUUGUUGGCGAGAACAGCUUCCAGAGUGGAAAUGGCGCACGUCCCAACGCUAACCAGAUUGUCGUCGUAAUCUCGGACGGGGGUUCAGCGAAAUCAAGCCAGACGGCCGUCGAAGCUGCCGCUCUGCACGAAAAGGAUAUCAAGGUUAUCGCCCUUGGCGCCGGUCUAAGGAUCGACAGCAAUGAGCUGAACAACAUCGCCAGCGGUAACGCCUUCGUCUUCACCGCUGUCGACUUCGACGCUCUGUUGAAGAUGGAAAAGGAUAUCCGAGAUACAACGUGCAAGACUCAAGUACCGACAUGUUCCACAGAGCCAACAGAAAUCGUUUUUCUUCUCGAUUCGUCCUCAAGCGAAGGCUCUGUUAAUUUCAAGAAGCAGCUUAACUUUGUCAGCAACUUCAUUGACGGUUUUGACAUCAGUCCUAGUGCUGUUCAGGUGGCAGUUGUAACGUUCUCGACCGUUGCCACCAACCGUUUCUUCCUGAACGAUUAUAUGAGCAAGGCUUCUCUGAAGAGCGCCAUCACCAGGAUCCCUUACAAUUCUGGUAAUACCCAUACGGGGAACGGGUUGGAGUUCGUCAGACAGACAUCUCUCAGCCAAGCACACGGGGCACGGCCUGGGUCCAAGAAGGUAGUGAUCGUGAUGACCGACGGUCAGUCCCAACAGAAACUGCUGACCGCCAAUCAGGGCAUCCUGCUCCGCAAAGAAGGGGUUAUGGUCAUUUCCAUUGGCAUUGGUGCAGCCAUUGACCUCUCGGAACUCGCAGUCAUAGCCUCUGAUGACAAACACAUGGUCAAGGUGUCUAAUUUCGACAACCUGAACGCCAUUGAAAAACAGAUCCAGGAUAUAGUUUGUAGUGGUCUAGUGUGUGCGUCAACGCCAGCUGAUAUCAUGUUCGUCCUCGACUCCUCCGCCAGCAUCGGCCCCUUCAACUUCCACGUCAUGCUCAACUUCAUCACAGACUUCGUCCGUAAGUUUGACGUGGGCACAAGCGCGGUACAGUUCGGUGUGGUCACAUUUGCUAACGAUGCUCACCCACAGUUUGACCUUGGACGCUACGAGACCAGAGCCCAGGUGAUCGCCGGCAUCAGCAACAUCCUCUACCGCUACGGCGGUACGUACACGGAGAAGGCUCUGCAGUACGUCAGGACAACAAGCUUCUCGCCAGGUCACGGGUCAAGGUCACUGGCCGCUAAGAUCGCCAUUGUCCUCACCGACGGACAGUCACAGUCAGUCGAGAAGACCAAGGCAGAAGCUCAAGCUCUGCACUCUGCUGGUAUCGAGGUAAUUUCUGUCGGCAUCGGCAGCGCCGUCAACGCCAAAGAGCUGACCAACAUAGCAACCAACGUCUCCUACGUCUUCAGCGUGGCUACCUUCGACGCCCUCGACACAAUACAGGCGGAGUUGCUGCAGGCGACGUGUUCAGCACAGGUGACUCAACCGCCAGCUACCGUCAAACCCGGGCCGUGUGUGUCGACUGACUCUGCCGACGUCAUCUUCCUCCUCGACUCCUCCAACAGCGAGGGACCCAACAACUUCCAGCAGGAGCUGGACUUCGUCGUCAAAUUCGUCGACGACUUUCCCAUCGGCCCCAACAACUUCCAGUUUGGCAUCAUCACAUUUGCAUCUAACGCGCGCAUGCAGAUCAGUCUGAACGACAACCCCACGGAAAGUGACCUGCGGCUAGCUAUACUUCAGGUUGACUACGAUGGCGGCCUAACCUACGCCAACGAAGCUCUCGAGCUCGCCCGCACUGUGGGCUUCACAGACGUCAGUGGUGCCCGGAACGGGACCCGUAGAUUUGUGAUAGUCGUUACUGACGGUGCAUCCACUGCACCCGCAGCCACCCUGAAGGAGGCUCAGCUUCUAAAGGACGAAGGUGUGACUAUCAUCACCGUCGGCGUUGGAAAACAAGUGGCGGAGACGGAGUUGAGGACGGUGGCCACUGACAGUAGUGGUGGUGUAUUUCUUGUCAACUCUUUUGGGGACCUUCAGACAGAAGAACAUGACAUCGAACUAGAGCUCUGCUCUGAGCUGCGAACGACGCUACCGGCAGUCGUCCCUACAGAUCUACCGACAGUGGCAGAUACUUUGUGAUGCUUCAAUUUAUGUUUGCAAUAAAUAUUUCAUACA